ACUUCACAUAUAUCCACAUUUAUUCAGCAAAGCCCUAUAAUUCAUUUUGCUGUCAGGCACCGCGCGAUUGCCUGUUUCCUCUGCAUAAAAUUUAUCGACCCCUGUCCACCACCGGCGACCAACAGCGAACAACGACGGGGCAAAUGCCGAUGAACGACGACAGAGUGAAGUUGCCAAUUAAUGCUAAUCCAGUAGAUGUGCAUGAUCCGUUGAGGUUCAAUCAAGGUGGUCAGGCUGAUCCCUAUUCUUUUGCAAGGGACACAAUGCAAAAUGGAGCUGCUGAGGCAGCUGUCUACAAUUCAAAGAAACUUGAGGAUGCUGUGCAUGAGAUGGGUCUGCAACUUAAACAUCAUGAAGAGCAUAUCAUUUUCCUAAAAGCUCAGAAGAACAGAUUGGAUAAUUCAAUCUUAGAUAUGCACGUUGCUCUUGGCAAGUAUCAGACAGCAAGCGAAUCUGGUUCUGAAAAUGAGGAACUUUCCCAUGUACAGAGUGAGGAGGAGACACUCGGAAACAUCUUUCUACAUGAGAAAUCUGCAGCCGGCAUCUGGUACGAGCUAAAACGUCAUCAUGGAACUCAAGCCUCUCAUCUUCCUUUGAUGAAGGAUGUUGUGGGAAUUGUUGCUAUGCUUGGGAGCGUUGAUGACGAUAAUCUUAGCAGGCUCCUCUCAGAUUAUUUGGGACUUGAGACUAUGCUAGCAAUUGUUUGCAAGACGUGUGAUGGUAUGAAAGCGCUGGAGACAUACGACGAGAAAGGUCACAUAAACAAAAGUUUGGGUCUUCAUGGCCUUGGAGCUUCUAUUGGAAAGCCUUUGGAUGGCCGCUUCCUUGUUAUCUGUCUUGAAAAAUUAAGACCGUAUGCUAAAGAUUUCAUAGCUGAUGAUCCUCAAAGGAGGCUUGAUAUUCUGAAUCCAAGAUUACCCAAUGGGGACUCUCCACCUGGUUUUCUUGGUUUUGCUGUGAAUAUGGUCAACAUAGACAGUGUGAACUUAUAUUGUGCUACAAGCAUCGGUUAUGGUCUAAGAGAGACUCUCUUCUAUAACCUGUUUUCCCACUUGCACGUAUACAAGACUAGAGAAGAUAUGCUACGGGCUCUCCCUUGUAUUAGACAUGGGGCCAUAUCCCUGGAUGGUGGGAUGAUAAAGCAUAGUGGUGUGUUCUCCCUGGGUAAGAGGGAAAUAAACGUGAAAUUCCCAAAGAGCUCUAGAAGGUCAAAUCUGCCGCAAAACUAUUCCGAAACUGAAAGAGAGAUAAAGGAGAUGAAGUGGAAAAAAGAAAGAACUGUAGAAGAUAUGCAGAGGGAACAGGUUUUGCUAGAACGUGCAAGGUUCAAUUUUGAUUUGAAGAAGCAAGAGUAUAUGAAGUUUCUUGCACAAAGCUCAACCCAUGCUACACAGGUGUACUCCUUUUGAUAAACAUUCCCAUUUGUGUAUGAUAUAUUGUUUCCAUGAACGCAGUAGAGCUUAAAGCAGGAGGGGGAGCACAUAGCAUGAUUGACGGAAAUGUGAGAGCAUUUUGGGUAUUGAACAAGAAGAAGCUCUAUCAGUAAUCAAUCCUGCACCUACUCAGUCUGAAAACAUUGUCUUUCAGGAUUAAUUUUCGUCUUCUGAAUUCCUGAUCAUCGUCUAGCUCAAUUUCAUGCAUGUAACAAACUUAGGUACAUGUACCAAGGUUAUAGAAUGUCUCUGUCUAGUUUACAGUACAACGUCUUGUGGUAGUAUUGCAAAUUCCAGUUACUAGUAAAGCUGGAAAUGGAUGUUAAAAUCAGGAAAUUUCUUUGUCUGAGCAGUCUAAAAUAGAUAUUUAACUUUGUCAAUUGGGCCAAUUAUGAAUGAAUGGACGAAGAAAUAAAAGGAUUAAAUUUCGAAA